GAAGGCAAGGCAGACGGCAUGCAAUAACACGAUAAGUAACCGUUGCUUGAAGGAAAGCCAUGGAAAUUCAAUAGACCGUCACAAAAGACAUUCAAUAGACCUUCAUAAUUUUUUCAUUUGUUUGACCUGUUAAGUGAUAUAUCGUCAAUCGUGAUUGUGAUUGGUGACAAGAGGUCUAACAAAUAUAUCAAUUUUGAAUAGCGCACCUCAUAGAACCGUUAUUGACAUCGUUGAAAAGGAAUAUCGAAGUUGCAAGCCAUUUAUAGUGCAAUCUAGACGAUUCGUCGUUAGCCGAUAUAUUUCAUUGUAGGGUUGGUUUAAGGAUUACUCUCUGUUGCGAGUUACCUGGUGGCCACCAGCUAUCUUGUCCGAAAUGGCUAAAUGGAUGAGAGAAGAGCAGGUGGCCGAGUUCCAGGCAGCAUUUGAAGCUUUUGCGGGCGAAGGCAGCGAUGCGACGAUCACGGUGAGAGAACUGCGGGAGAUACUCAAAUCCCUCAGCUGGGAAGACACGGGAGCGGCCGCUGCUAGCACCAAUAUAUGUUUGGAUAUGGACGAUAACGCGAAAAUUGACUUCGAUGCAUUCCUGGAGCUGGUGGGCAAGCGACUGAAGGACACAGACUGCGAGGACGAAAUCCGGGAGGCGUUCAAGGUAUUUGACAUAGAUGGUAACGGGUUGAUCUCGGCGGACGAGCUCCGACAGGUCCUGAUGAACAUCGGGGAGCGGCUGACGGAAGAGGAGGUGGAGGAGAUGAUCAGCACUGCAGACGUCGACACCAGUGGCAAUGUUGAUUACGAAGAGUUCGUAAAAAAUCUGGUUCGCCUUUGAUCGGAUUGGAUGAAGGACCGAAUGCAAAGGAUAUCAUUAUAUACAUGUACGUGCUAUUGUAUACCCCGACGAUACUGCCAGUUUAGUGACUAUUACCAACAAUGUAGGACCUAUGCUUUUAUAUGUUUGUGAACUGUAACAAGUGAUUUUACAUCUUUACACACAAUACUCAGAGGGGCGGAGGGUUUUGGCGAGGGAUCCACCGAAUGCGAUUUUUUCGAAUAAUUCAGUGUACAGCGCUUGCGACAUCGCUGAAGAACAACUUUUUUUGGUUCGGUUUGCUGGAUGCAGUGGAGCGUCUAAAUAACAAAGCCCAAUGAAAUAAAAUAAAAGCGUAAAAUACAUAAUAAAGGAUGCGCUGUGCGAUUCAAGCAAAUUGGCUUUCGGUGGGAACCUACCCUGGCUGAGUGCGAUUGAGACAACGCAUGCGACAUGUGCGAGUGUUAUUCAGAAAAUCGCAUGCUUUGUGAAAUUCAGUGUAAACCCUUACAUCAGUGCACUGAAAUGUGCUUUCGUGGCGGCUAUCACAUCAGGGCAUUGAGAAAGCUUUUUCGUUAGAGGCAGUUAGAUGCGUUUUUGUGUCAUAAAAAACUGUUCGAAGACUUCGGAAAAGUGCGAUCUCAGUGUGUAUCCCAACGGGGUUAGUUCUAUGUUCGAAAGCACAAAAUAUUAGCCCUUUAUAUAUAUAUGCCAUUUUUAUACUAAUCCUUUGUGUCAUGCAGCGUAUGAAGUGUUUACUUUCACCCCCUUAUCUAAGGUUACCCGCUAUUACAUCGUAUUGCGACAUUACAGGCUACAGCUGUCAUCUGUCAUGAAUAGAAUAACUGAAGGACAAGCUAACUAAAUCAAUCAAAUAAGUUUAUUGACGCUAAUAAAAAAGACAUCUCGUAUCAGCGGAAGAUACAAUAGAGUGGCGCAAGUUGCUGAGGAACUGCUCUUUUCCUCCUCGUUCCUUUUGCCCACAUGCACUUCCCACACUAAAAUGGGCACUGCACAAACAACUUCGUCCGCUGUAUAGGUUUAUGGUUAUUGGGAGUUAUUGUUGGGACACCUUGUAUAAUACUUGUUAAAUGUUGCAUGUAUGAAUGUUACUUCCUUAAAAGCACAUUUCACUACUCGAAUAUAGUUUCUACUGUAAAAUAUUGAAUAAAAACAU